AUGGAAAUCAGAAGCAGGCAGAUCAGACUGGUGAAUGGGACAGGUCGCUGCGCUGGGAGAGUGGAGAUUUACUACCAGGGCACCUGGGGGACUGUCUGUGAUGACUCCUGGGACCGAACAGACUCCACUGUUGUGUGCAAACAACUGGGAUGUGGACACGCCAUUGAGGCAGCUGCCUAUGUUCAUUACGAGGAAGUCUCAGGACAGAUCUGGCUGGAUGAUGUGAACUGCUCUGGGAAUGAAUCCGAACUCUAGGAGUGCCCUUCCAGGGGCUGGGGGCAGCACGACUGCAGACACAAGGAGGAUGAAGGAGUGCUCUGCUCAGAAUUCAUGGAUCUGAGGCUGGUGAACGGCGGUGACUGUGCUGGGCGAUUGGAGAUUUUCUACAAUGGGUCGUGGGGAAGCAUUUGCUCCAACCAGAUGACUCAAGCCACUGUGACAAUUGUAUGCAAACAGCUGGGCUGCAGAGAUGAAGGGGAAAUUGUUGGAGACUUGACAUACGGACAAGGUUCUGGCCACACCUGGUUGGAUCACGUUCGGUGCCUUGAGCAUCACAACUCCCUUUGGCAGUGUCCGUCGGAGCCAUGGAACCCUCUCUCAUGUGCUAAUCGGGGAGAAGAGACCCAUAUUAAGUGUACUGGAAAUGGUAACAUUUCUUGCCCACAAACCUGCACAGACAAGGAGAAGCUGCGUGUUGUGGGAGGAAAGGACGGAUGUUCGGGGAGAGUGGAGGUUUGGCACCAUGGCUCCUGGGGAACAGUGUGUGAUGACUCCUGGGACAUGGCGGAUGCUACUGUUGUGUGCAAACAACUGGGCUGUGGAGCUGCUGAGUCUGUGCUGAGUGAGGCAAAAUUUGGGAAGGGGACCGGCCCCAUCUGGCUGGACAAGCUGAACUGCAAGGGGACAGAGUCGUCUCUGUGGGACUGUUGUGCUGAGCCCUGGGGUAACAAUGAGUGUCACCAUAAGGAAGAUGCUGCUGUGACCUGCAUCAGUGAAGAUGCAUCACAAGCAGGGCCAAGGCGGUUGGUGAAUGGAAGCAGCCCCUGUGCUGGGAGAGCUGAGAUCAAAUACCAGGAUGAGUGAGGGACGGUGUGCCAUAAUGAAUGGGACCUGUUGGAUGCUGACAUUGUUUGUCAGGAGCUAGGAUGUGGAUCUGCUGUCAUGCCCCAUAAUAAUGCUCAUUUUGGAGCAGGUUCGGGACAGAUUUGGCUGGACAACUCUGAUUGUAUUGGUACCAAAUCUGCUCUCUCUGAAUGCAGCCACAGCAGAUGGGGUGAAAACAACUGCAGUCAUGAUGAGGAUGCUGGAGUGACCUGUUCAGGUAGGAAAUCAGCCAACUCAUUUGUCAUGACAAGUCUCCUGAGAGGUCCUGGGGGUGUCAAAGACCUAUGACUCUAAUGAGAAAUGCAUAGAAAUCACAGCAAGGCCCAUAACAGCUGUAAUUACAAAGCUGUAAUUGUUCUCACUCACUUUGCUGGGUGCUGAGGGGACCUCUCUUGUCAUUUCCAGUUGAGUAGUGGUGAUGACUUUUCCUUGUUUAAGUGUGUCAGUGC